AUGGCAACAGAGCAUCACUCCAUCAUCCAAGAAUGGCCAACUACCUUGAACUCUACCCUGGUGUGGGACCGCAAGCAAUUCACGAACGAGGACACCUACAUCCACAAUCUGUCUAACAAUGAAAAGGCUGAGAUCAAUGCCGCACUGAAUCAUUUCAAAGGUCUUGGCUUGGAUGGACAGGAAGUCAAUCGCCAGAACUUCCCACUGCCUACCGUCCAGGAGCGUCUUCGAGCCUAUACCCAAGAACUCUACCGAGGCAAAGGAUUCUUCUCUAUUCGUGGACUCGAUCCAAAUGAGUACUCCCCUGAAGACAACGUCUUGCUGUUUCUGGGAAUUUCUAGUUACGUCGCCGAGAGGCGAGGCAAGCAAGAUAGCAGGGGCAACAUUUUUGCGCACAUCCGCAAUGCCACCAUCAUGAAGGCACCGCAGGAAGACCGGCCGUUCAAAGAUUCCACUGGCUUUCACAACGACAUGUUCUGCGACAUUCUUGCCAUGCAGAGCCGUGCCAGAGCCGCAGAGGGAGGUCGACACUUCCUUUCCCCAGCUUUGACCGUCUACAACGAGCUGGCUGUGGAGAGGCCAGACCUGCUCGAAGUUCUAGCCACCCCAAACUGGACAUUUGACAACCGUGGCCGGGACUCGCAGCCCAAAAAGCGUGCACUCCUCUUCUACCACGGCGGCCACGUCAUCCUGAAUUUCGUCCCUCAAUCACUCGUCGGCCUCCCAAACAUGGCCCGAGACGCUGACUUGCCGCCUCUAUCUCGCCUUCAGCACGAGGCGCUCGAGGCAGUCCAACGCAUUGCGGUGAAGCAUCAACUCGCCCUGUCCUUCCAGCCAGGAGAUCUAACCUUCGUCAACAACUUUGCAAUCCUUCACGCCAGAGAAGCGUUCACGGAUGAUGAGGUGAACCAGCGCUACCUCGUUCGCAUGUGGCUUAAGAAUGAUUUGCUCGCGUGGAAGCUUCCGCACCCCCUUCAAGAGGGGAGCAAGAAGAUCUUUCACGACAAGAGUCUGCAGGAGGUGUGGAACAUUGCCUACACUCCUCGAUUGACAUUUGAAAUCCGCGAGUGCUUCUCACCAUGA